UCAUCUGAUAUUUGCUGUGAGCCAGUUUUUGUUUUUGUUUUUUCUUUUAGAAGCCAGUAAAGCUCAGACUAACAAUGCUUCGUGGGAGAUCAACAACUACCCAUUUACACAGCAAUGAGCCAGAUAUUGAAACUGCAGAAUCAGAGCUGGCCAAACUACAGAGGCAGAUUCGAAUCACGGAAGGAGAUCAUCAGGCAUACGCCAUCAAGGCCCGUGAGGAGAUUCACAAGCAACAGAAGGAGAUAGAGAUGUUGCUGAAAGAGCAAGAGGAGCUCCGGCGAAACCUUGAUGUGUCUGAGAGCUUCUCCCGCCAACAGCAGGACAUUGAAGACACCCAGCAGCUUCGUACUUUACUGUCGCAUAGAGAUGCACUAGAGGAGGUGCAGAAGACAGAGAAGCAGUGUCAAAGGGAUCUAGAAAGAGAGAUCUGUAAUUGUGAGCUGAAGCUGGCAGAACUCAGACAAGUAGAGAUCUCUAUGAGUGGCAGAAAAAAGUCUCAGGCACAGGGAAUGCAGAGGGUCAUACGCACCUUGGAAAACAGUCUAAACAGGGCUUCAACUUCUUUUAAUCAGCAUCUGACGAAGAACAGCCAGCUGAGAGACGAACUAAAGACACUUCAAAUUGAGCGUGUCCAUUUCCAGCAAUUAUAUCACAAGCUGGACAAGGAAUUGGAGGAUAUCCGUAAGAAGAUCGCAGAAAUGAUCACCUUGUCUACUGCUACUUAUGAUGCCAGGAAGGAGUCACAGAACAAGAUGUUCACGAUGAUGGAAAAGGGUAAGGACCUUGCUAAGUACAAAACUGAGGUGAAAGAACUGGAAGAUAAGAUUGCAUAUAAGCAAAACCUCAAAGAGUUCAUGACCAUCAAGUGCAGGAAGAUGGCUAGUCAAGAUGACAGCCAUGGAUCAAGACACCAACAAUUGUCAAAGCUGAAGGAGAACAGAAAGGAGGAUUUAGGGAAAGAGUCACCUGAGGCUCUGGAGCAAGUGUUUGAGAAGAUUAAGAGUAUGAUAGGGGAAGAUGACUUAGACAUGCUGGUCAACAGGUUUAUAAAGGUUGAAGACCAGAACUUUGCACUCUUCAAUUUUGUAAAGGAGCAAAAUAAUGAAGCAGAAGAACUCGUGGAUCGAAUCAAACAAAUUCAAGAAGAAAUUGAACAAUUGCGAGUGGAAAGACUGCAACAGGAGCAAGAAGAACGCACUUCAUUGCGUGACAUUGAUGAGAAACUAAAAAUAACAGAGUCACAGGCCAUGGAGUAUGAAUCACAGGCCGGCAUCCUGACCAAUGUCCUGGAUCUGAUUAAAACAGGUGUGAACAACCUUUUCUCUGAGAUAGAGUGCAAUCGCUCAGUGACAGAGCACAUGUUCGACUCCUCUGCAGGGAUCAGCAACAUCAUGUCCUACCUCAGUCUGGUGGAACAGAAGACCAAUGAGCUGCUCACUAUUCAAGCAUAUCUCAGUUCGAAAGAUAUGGAAAAGUACUAUAAUCCCAAAGAUAUGACCCGAUUCCUCUUGGGGCAAGAUCCAGAUAUGCUUCAGCAAAAUAUUAGCAUCCAUCCUGCAAUCAACAGAGUGGAGUACGACACAGACUCUUUUGUCACUGAAGAUCGGCCACUUUCACAUGGGGAACUUCGCCAAAGGUUAAUGAAGGGGGUUCUGGAGCAAGAAGACUUUUAGUCCAGAAGGCAGCAGCAACCAAAUCUUCCUCAGUAAUCAGUUUUACAAUAAGGAUUUAUUUUCCACAUGGCGCAAAACGGUGCACAUCACAACGCAAGUGUUAGUUUGUUGAUGUUAUACUCAAACUUCUACAUUCUCUUGUCUAAUGAAUGGCAUGAAUGAACCCUCUUUACACCCAGCAACUUUGCACUCAGUCUAUGCACCCUUUAAAUAGUAAAUAAAAUGUGGACACACCUCAAAAGCAUGUGCGUCACUGUGCAAUUUAGUAUGCAAUCGCUGCCAAGAUAGGGCCGUUAAUGUGACACCUGAUCACUACACAGUCAUAUUAAAGAACGCCUGAUAUAUGACUGCAAGCACAUGCAAUCAUUUAAAGCUAAAUUUUGCAGAUUGUACCUUUUCUAAUGAAUAUUGGCUUGGUUGUGUUUAGUUGAAACUAAUUGGCUUUGGGGUUAUAAAAAAAAUGCCUUUUCCGACU